AUGGGCUGUGCCCCUUCCCACAGCGAUAUCGUGCAUCAUGUUGCCAAAAGCGGAAUCCAGUUUCUGAAGAAACCCAAAGCUGUUCUGCCAGUGCGUCGGGCUGACAAUGACGGAUUCGCUAUUCCAUUACUGGUUAAAGGCUCCACUUCUUUUGACAGUGGCAGGGAAUUCUCCUCAGGACAAAGAUGGAGAACACAGCAGCAAAGUUCCACAUGGGAUCAGGAUGUCACCGAGAACCCCUGCCUGUUCCCUGGGACUGCUCUUUCUUCCACGGGGAAGGGGCUUCAGCAGACCACCCCAGAAGCAGAAAUCACUGGGUCUGAUCUGAUUGACGCUCAGAGAAACCCCGAUGAAGGCAGUCAGGUUGCAAAGAAGAGUUCCAACAGAUCUGACGGGACCGGCUUCUCUUGGGAAGAGAGGAAGGAAAACAAUGCCCGGAAAGGGAAAAAACCCAAAGGUCACAGACUGGGCAAAGAGGGUCACCGGGGCAAAGUCAAGACCAGUCUUUCCAUGGGUCAGGCAGACAAGAAGGUAGAUUUCCCUGAGCCGCUGGUAAAGGCCCAUCACAGCGCUUAUGCCUACCUGCACCCCACCCUCGCCAAAUACGACACCAUCAUAAGUAUGGCCAACCAGGUGGUCCAAACCCAGCUGGCUGUUCAGCAGAUGGUGACCUUCCAGAUACUGCGCUUUGAUGAAAUCAACCAGCUGUUGGAGGAGAUUGCCCAGGGUGGGGAAGACCUCCUCAAGGAAGCAGGGGGCCAUCUGGUUUGGCCAGAGGGGAAAGAGGGUGCCCAAGAGCAACCAGAUCUCUUGCAGCAGCUCCUGCAAUACACCGUCAACAAGAUGCAGCUGCUCAAUAGCACGGUGGCUGCCCUAACCUCCAGGGCCCUGCAGGACUCCAGCAGCUAUUUUCAAUCCGCUGCCAGUCACUUGGAAGAUAAACUGCAUGCCAAGAGAGGAUUCGAUGAACGUCUCUGUGGGGCAUUAGCGCUGCUGGAAAGAGCGGCCGCCCGGCCCUGUGGACCCCAGGCAGACGACCUGCCUCUCCAUUCGGAGGACAGCGGCCUCGGGGCCGACAAUGAGUCCGUCCGUUCCCUGGAUAAAGCGGAUACGCAGGCGAGCUGCGAUCAUCCGGUGCAACAGGCUUCGGCCAGGAAGUUCUCAUUUCCGGCCCAGAGAGAGGCCGGGGCGGCAGAGGGUCCCUGGCCAGCCGGUCCCUCCUCAAGCAGAUCACAUGACUGUGCUCUUGACAGGAACUUUAGGGAUAUAUUUUAUCCUGCUGCACCCAACAAAGGGACAACUUCCCUCUCUGGCCCUCCCCAUCCUCCCCACAAGCCGUGGAACUCGGAGCAGGUCAGAAGCUCUUCCUGGAAUUCCCUUGAGACGGGUGGCCCUGAGGGAUCGACACAUUUCAGAGAUGACAAGUUGUCUGCUUCUCUGUCCAUUGAUGAGGAUGAGGACAGCAGCCCUAGAGAGGAGGACGAGGACGAGGAAGACAGCCACAUGGGUACAGGGCAGAGAAAUCCUCGGCCUCAGAGGCCGAAGUCUUGUCCUGCAGCAACAAGAUACGUGUACAGAUUCCCAGCCCGGAGGAGGGAGAGUCUGGAGGCCCAGGAAAUGAUCCUGAAGAUGAAGGAUGCAAUAAGCGACAAAAUCAAAUUUGUCCCAGCCAAGCCUAGCCACGGAGAAUGGACCGAAGAAGAACCUGGGAAAAUAGUGCUUUCGGCAAGGCCCAGCACAGUUGGGGAAAGCAGACGGGCCCCUGCGAAGCAGAGGAGAUCCAAGUCAGAGGAGUCCCUCAGGAGCCAGGCUGAGGACCCCACCCUUCUAGAGCUCCAGAGGGUCCAGAGAGACCUCAGCCAGAAAUUAGAGAUGUUUUAUGCCCUCGGUGAGAAAAGGCAGGAACCCAGCAGGAAAGAGAUCCUGAGGCCAAGAGCAGCAGCAGCCGUAAAGCAAGACUCUAAUGGCAAUGAUACCUCCAGCUCAACCAUCAGCAAGCUGAAGUCCUCCCUAGCCAAGAAUUUCAGCAUCUUGCCUAGUCAGGACAAGAUCAUCUUACAGAAAUGCCCGCCCGGCUCAGGGAGUCAGCUGUCUUGUGAGAAGACCAGCCAGACUCUCUCCGGGGCUCUUCCCUCUGCCCAGGAACCUGCCCCAGCUGAGGAGGAAAACAAGGCUCUGGGGACACAGAGAUGGAGCGGAAGGGACGCCACUCGUCCGUCUGUCAAGAAACUCAUCGAGACCUUUAGUCCCCCGGAAGGCUUGAGCACGGCAAAGUUCUCCAGAGACCUGGGGCCCAUUUGCUGCAUCAGGAAAUUUGGGGUUCCCAUCAUGCCCCCGAGGCUUCCUGCAUACAGAGGGCUGGCUCCUUUGUAUCCCAGGCACCGUGUUACCCCAGGAGGUGAGAGGGAGCCCCUCCAGGGAAGCCCUCAGUGGAUCCCAUCGACAAUCUCCUUCUCCCCACUUCCAGGGGCAGAAGCAUCCCAAAGCGACAUGACUAGUGAAACAGAGGACUCCCUAGAAGACCUCCCGCCACCCCCACCAGAAAUCCUGAUGGACCAUUCCUUCCACUCUCUGCAGACUCCAGAGACCCAAGAGCAGAGCGGAGACUCCACAGAGCUCCACAGCAAGCCAGCCCUGGUAGAACUCGGGCCCUCCAAGAUAACUCCGGCUUCCCAGAGGAUGAAAGACUCAGUGAAACCCUUCAGCUUGCUGCCCAGUAAAAACCUGACCACAAGCUAUAGGCUCCCAAUCACCAGGAUGGACAGCCGAGCAAGGAAACCCACGCUUGACCCGAAUUCUCCCCACGAGGCUGCCCAUGACAGAGAGGAAGCGGAGGAGAUUGCAAGUCUCUACCGGCAGUCCCAAAAGGUAAUUCCCCUGCACCACCCCAGCAACGUGCCUGGACAGGACAAAAGCAAAGAAAACAAGGAGUCCGCAGGAGCCAGGCCCCUCCCAAAGCCAAACUCUCCCGACACACCACGGCCAAGUCAAGAGAAAAGCCAACCUCUGGUCAGAAGGGUCUCUCCGACAAGGAUUCAUUGGUUCCCCCUUACCAGCCCACCUUCCUCUCAUAGAGUCAUCCUGCCGGCCGCACAGUCCAGCCUCCCCCAGACUCAAAAGCAACCCAGCCCCCCGUUGAGCCCCAGGACUUCGAGCCCUCCAAUCAGGGCCAGGGCAACUAGCCCUCCGACGAGCCCCAAGGCGCCAAGCCCCCCGAUGUCAAAAAAACUGCUUUCCCCACCACCCCAACACAAGCUGCCCCACCCUCUCUGCCACCAAUGGAGCCCACCGUCCCAUCUCCAGGAAGCAAGCCCCCCACCACUCUGUCCCACCUCAUCACCUCCAACUUCCCCUUCCCAGGGAACCAAGGACCCAAGGAAUCCCAGAAAUGGGCAUCAAACACCAACCCAAGUGGCCAGCAAUACCCGCUCCAUAUUCUGCCUUGCCACAUCGUCACUUUUCGAAGCCCAAAUCCAGGGGCCACUUGUUGGCUCCCAGCCAGAGGCUGGGGGACAGUUCCCUCUCCCAGGGGUGGGAUGGAGGAGCCGUAUGCACCCAAGAAAGUGCUGGGAUGCCCAGAGACAGACGAAUGUGAGCGCCCUCAACCCUCAACCUUACAUCAGGAGGACUUAUUCGGACCGCCGGCCGAGAGAUCCUCUCCAGCUACCCGGUUCUGCCGGCCUCGGGGCCGGCAGUGAACCACUGCUCAGCCAAGCCCGGGGCUCCACUGCCCAUCCUGAAAAUUACAGAGUGUUUCUGCAGUUUCUGGUGCUGGACAGCAAGCCUGGGUAUUUAAGCUCAGAGGAAAGUCCCAAGAAAGAGGGGGAGCCGUGGGACAACCUCGACUUAGCGGAACUGAAAGGAGCCAGCCGAUCCGCGUCUCAGCCAGAUCUCUGCGUGGUGGGGCGGGGCCUGCAGAGGGAAGCAGCGCCUUAGCCAAGAGAGACCUCACCCCUCUGGGGAGAAGCUCUCUUUCAAUCCCUGGCUGUUGAGAAACCAACAGACAUGAGGAUGUGCUUCGGAGGAGGCGGUGUGUUUUUCAUUGAAGUCACCUGAAUGGAACGCUGCUGCUGCUGCUGUGGAGAGUAUUAGGAGGUUGGGUUUUCCUAACAACAGGCCUUCCCUGCACUCAGUCAGUUGUGGGCCUUGGAGGUGAAAACUAGGAAGUGGCUCGUCCGCGGCUCACCUUCAGCCCGGUCCCUGUGGAUCAGAGGGACCUUGUGCCACCUUCCCCUCAUGUGGGCACCCACUGGUCUCCACGAAUGCCUUCCUUCACUCCCUCCCUCUUCAGAGCUGGGGAUGCUGCUAGCCCAAGAGAAGCCAUAUUGGAGGGGCUAAAUGGCCUCAGCCGACCCCCAGUGACAGCAGGCACAGAGCAGGUGCCCCAUUUGCCCCUCUUCAGAGGCUCUGCCUUCCAGAUGCCAAAGACAACUUCUAGACUGUAAGUUCAUCCCUCUAGACUGUAAACUCACUGUGGGCAGAUGUGUCUGUUUAUUGUUAUACUGUACUCUUCCAAGCGCUUAGUACUGUGCUCUGCACACAGUAAACGCUCAAUAAAUACGAUUGAAAGAAUGAAUGAAUGGCUUGGUUUGCAGUGGGCCUCAGAGACUGACCAAACCAUUCCAGCCCCAGCUAAUUUUCCCCAAGUACUGACCUCAACUAGGAAAAAUUUGUUUCUUCCCACUUCUAUCAGACAUCUGUCUCGUCACUGACUCUUAAUCGUGGGUAGGGUUAAUCCUGAUAUUACCAUUUUACAAUGAAGGAAACUGAGGCCCUAUCUGGUGAGGUCAAUGGGCUCACUAAAUCAGCACACCUUUUAGGUUGUGAAUCCGGUGUGGAACAGGGACUGUGUCUGAUUUGAUUGUCUUAGGUCUGCCCCAGAGUU